CCUGCUUGAAUAGCGCAGGUCAGUAAUCCACACACACAGUAUGCUGGUGGGGUGUCCUGUGUGCGGAGAUAGGGGCUGCGAGGGCGUGAGAUCGAAACCAAACACGGGAUCGUGUGUCUUUAGGGUGCUCAGGUUCCCCGGCGCCUCUGGAUAAGCCAGCGCGUUUUGCAGAGGAAGGCAUUUAGAAAGGAGGAACUUGAUUCUUUUGUGCACGGUAUGUUUUCAGUAAUAAGCCGUGCUCCGUGUAAGCUGUGCACAGUCAGUUGCUAGAGCAGCCCCUGGGUGCUUUUUGACUUGUACGGACGGGAGAAGCCAUCUGUAUGAAGUCGGGCCUGCAGUCGGAACUUUUUCAGACCCCCGGCUGAAGACCAGCAUGACGCAGCGGUGCCCGCAGUAAGUGCGAGUGAAGGCAGCGCCAUGGAAUCCGAAGCAGAGGAAGCGCGGCGCUUCCUGGACUCGUUUAUCAAGGAGUUCCCGACCCCGCUGGGCCCCGAGGACCCCCUGCCCGUGAGGCCGCUUAGUAGCGCUGUGAGCCGGGAGGAGGUGCAGGGGGAGAGCCUGGAGCUGGGGCUGAGGUUACUGCAGGACAGAAAUGCUCCCCAGCUCCUCAGCGUGGCCCUGACCAGAGCUGCUGUGAGCGAGAUCCUGCAGUCCGACCUCUCCGCUUUUCACAAGAAGCAGGACGAGGAGGAGGAGGAGGCUGUCUUGCUGGAGUCCGAUCCCCUGCAGCGGUUCUUCUUCAACAGGCUGCUGGAGCUGUGCUGUACCUGGCUGGAGGAGCCGCCCCCCCUGCAGCCUGGAGCACGGCGCUUCUUGCAGACCUCGGCCCACGCCAUCAGAAACACGCGCCGGAAAAUGGAGGACCGGCACGUCGCCAUUGCAGAGUUCAACCAGCUCUGUGGAUUAGAGGACCAGACGGAGCGAGGGUACUUCGCUGUGUUUGACGGUCACGGAGGCGUGGAAGCAGCGGUGUACGCAGCGACACACCUCCAUAUCAACCUUGUCCAGCAGGGGGAGCUCCUGAGCAGCCCCGGAGAGGCCCUGAAGAAGUCCUUCAGGCAGACAGACGACAUGUUUCUGCAGAAAGCAAAGAGAGAGCGGCUGCGCAGUGGCAGUACGGGCGUGGCUGCUCUGCUCAGCGGGGAUUGGCUGCACAUCGCCUGGCUUGGAGACUCUCAGGUCAUGCUGGUGAGACAGGGGCAGGUCGUUUCCCUGAUGGAGCCUCACAAGCCAGAGCGUGAGGACGAGAAGGAGCGGAUUGAGGCUCUGGGGGGCUGCGUUGCAUUCAUGGGGUGCUGGAGAGUGAACGGCACCAUCGCGGUCUCCAGAGCAAUCGGAGACAUUGACCAGAAGCCCUACAUCUCGGGCGAUGCCGACGGCGCCUCCUUCCAGCUCCACGGCUCUGAGGAUUACCUGCUCCUGGCCUGCGACGGCUUCUUCGACACCGUGAGGCCCCUGGAGGCAGCGGGGAUGGUCCUGGAGCACCUGCGGGAGAGCCUGGGGGAUGGUAGCAGGGUGGCAGAGAGGCUUGUCUCCCAGGCCAAGAGCAACGGCUCCAGCGACAACAUCACAGUCCUGGUGGUGUUUCUGAAGGAGCCCGGGAUGCUGCUGAACGAGGCAGGAGAGUGCCCAGCCCUUUCGUAGGCUGUACCCCCCACCCUCUCCUGCCCCUGUCAAUGAGACCCUGAAACUGAGGCUGCUGGCCAGGGAUCUCCACUCACAGGGACCUGUUUCUUUCCGGGGGGUUUCACAGAUUUUGUGUAACUGACGUCAGAACAGAAAUUAGCACUCGCCCGCUAUUUAUUUUGCCCGUGGUGUUGCACAAGACGUAGCGAUUUACAAGGGCUGCUCUCUUGUUACAGAUUUCUAACGAAUGCAUCUUGCAGCGCUUAGGGUCUGGACGUGUUGUGUGUGUUUUAUCAGGAUUAUUAUUUUUUAAGCUAUCUUUGAGACAUUAUGAUUUAAAGAGUUCCCUCUCUGUCUGUUACUUAUUAACUACUAACUGUUACAGUCUCAAAAGCUUGGGGUGCACAGAAACGUUUCAUAUGAGAGAAGCUGUACAGUAGGACAAGCUGUGAGUUAGACUAGCUUUAGGCUAUGCAGACAGCAAAUGCAACUCCAAACCACAAACUUGAUUGUCGUUAUCGUAACAGUAUUCGGAAACAGGCUUCUCUUUUUUCCAGCUUCCACAGUCUCAGGGGCGCAGGGCAUCAGUAAACAGUGUUAUAGAGACGAGAUAAGCUUGAUUUAAGGGAACCCAAUGCAGUGCUGGCACUUGGUUAGACUUCAGACCUAUAGCUGCGCUUCCAUUAACUUGUGGCUCUGCACCCAUCAUUCUGCCCGACUGCGGAUUUGAGCCACUCAAAAUAACAGGUUUUAAAUUAGAACUUUUUAAAUAUCUUUAACAAUAUAUUUUAACAGAUGGCCUGUAUUGCUGUUCAAAUAUGUGUGUAUUUUUUAUUUAUAUGUAUACAUAUAUUCUCUAUCUAUACACACACACACCUCUAUAUAUAACAUUAAGUUAAGUAUCGACUGAUCGUUAUAAUCCAUUUAGAUACAGAUCACCUUAAAGUGCCUUAAACAUAAACUGAUUAUGUUCAUGUUACAUGUGUUGUGUGUGUUCAGUAUGUACUGCUUGUGAGUCUUACCCUGUGCCGGGUAAUAAUCUAGUGCACAUUGCAAACUAGAAUGGUGCUUCUGUGUUUAAAUGUGUUUCAUUGUAUUGAAGUAUAUUUUGUAAUGUUGUGUUUACAUGUCCUGUAGUAUUGCUGGUCAGUGUGAUGACCUGGUUUGGCAGAGUACUGGGAUUUCAGUUUGUAGGAUGCAGCCCUCUCCCUAGCGACACACGGGAUCAGAUCACAUGUCUGAUUCUGACAUUCUUGGAUUAAAAUGGACUUUUCAAAUGUUUUUAUUUUGUACUUCCAGUUUAGUAUCUGAAAAGAUAAAGGAAAUGUUUUAAUAUUUUUACAUUUCUAACAAACAAAAAAAAUGAAAUUAUAAACUGCCAGUUUCACCAGCCUGCCUUGCCUAUACCACUGAAAGUGUUGCUUGUGAGUGCUCUAUUAAAUUGUUCUUUGCAGCA